UUUUCCGCCGGACCUCUUCGCUCUCGGGUCUACUACUUACUUGUGUCCUCCUCCUCCUUCUCCCUCGCCCCCCUCGUCCCGCACCACCGACCCCCUCGCCGACCCUCGCGUCCUCCGACCGAUAUCUACGCCGGCUUAGACUGGCCGCGCGCCGCGUAUGCACCGCGUGCACUCCCAGCAUCGCCGUCGACACCGCGACCACGCUGCUCGUCCUCGUCGUCGGCCACCAGGUUCCAGCGUGUCGUGCACGUCGCCGACGACGACGACGAGAACGACGGCGACGCGACCGGACGACGCCGUAGACCGAGUGGCCCAGGGUGACGGCUGAAGCCGGCGAGCGUGCAUCGUCUCGUCGUUUUCCGUCUUCUUCUUGCGGGUACCAGGCGUCGAGCUCGGCCGAGCGCAGGAUUCGACCACAGGAUCGAAGGAUGCUGGCCCGCUGCCUAAUCUUCGCAGGUGCAGCUGCUGUAGUAACGUCCGCGGGCGGGCACGGCUUCGACGCACACUUACGCGGCCCCGGCUUCGUGCUGGAGCCGCCGUCGAGGAUCGAAUUCUCGAAUUCUAGCGGCGCCUGGUUGGACUGCACGGCCUCCGGAAGUCCACCGCCCAAUAUCGACUGGUCCACCGCUGACGGGCAUCCGGUGAACGAUGUGUCGGGCGUGCGGAGAGUACUCAGAAACGGCACCCUGGUGCUUUUGCCGUUUCCGGCCGCGGCCUAUCGGCAGGACGUACAUAGCGCCGCGUACAGGUGCGUCGCCAGCAACUCCGUCGGCAGGGUGCUCAGCCGCGACGUGCAGGUCAGAGCAGUGGUGGCUCAGGCGUACAAAGUCGACGUGGAGGUGACGGGAGGCGCGUCGAGGGGAUGCACGGCGAUAUUGCGCUGCAUCAUACCGAGCUACGUCAAAGAUUUGGUGCGCGUCGUAGCCUGGCUGCACGAGCCAUCGUCCCACAUAUACCCCUCGCUGCAAGGAGACGGCAAGUUCCACCUGCUUCCCACGGGAGAGCUUCUGGUGCACAGCCUCGAGUUCAACGACCAGCUGAACGGCUACAAAUGCCGCACGAUGCACCGUCUCACGAGACAAGUGGUCGUUAGCUCCGCGGCCAACAUUAGGAUAGCAGAUCACAGAGGCGUAAUGCCUCCCGUGAUACUCGAAAACUCCGGCGUCGUUCACGUCGCCCAGGACGAAUCGACGUCGUUAGUCUGCGUGGCGCAAGCCUGCCCUUCGCCCGAAUACCGGUGGUACGCGCAAACGGGUGCGGAACCGAUGCUGGUGCUCUCCGGGCCCAGAACUAGACUGCUCGGCUCGGUGUUAGCCAUCGAGGCGGUGACGUUAGAGGACAGCGGGGUGUACCGUUGCUCCGCUUCCAACCCCGGUGGCGAGGCCAGUGCUGAGAUCAGGUUAAUCGUGACGGCGCCUCUUCACGUGGAAGUGACACCACCGUUGCUGAGCGUUCACCUUGGCGGCAACGCCGAGUUCAGAUGCGAGGUCGGCACGCAUCCGCAAGCUGGACCGCACUUUAUCACGUGGUACAAGGACGGUCGGCAACUUCCAGGGACAGGAAGGCAAUCGGAAUUGUUAAGGCUCAACGGGAUCGGCCGGGAGGAUCGCGGCAUGUACCAAUGCAUUGUACGACGGUCGGAGGGCGAUACAGCUCAAGCGUCGGCGGAACUCCAACUGGGUGACGCGCCGCCGGUGCUGCUGUACUCGUUCAUCGAGCAGACGCUCCAGCCGGGGCCCGCCGUGUCCUUAAAAUGCUCCGCCGCGGGAAACCCUACACCUCAGGUAUCGUGGGCGCUGGACGGUUUUCCCUUACCGACUAAUGGAAGAUUCGUCAUCGGGCAGUACGUGACGGUGCACGGCGACGUGAUAUCCCACGUCAACAUAAGCCACGUGAUGGUGGAGGACGGCGGCGAGUACUCCUGCACUGCCGAAAAUCGCGCGGGAAAGGUGACACAUGCUGCGCGACUGAAUGUUUACGGGCUGCCGUACAUACGCCUGAUCCCGAAAGUGACCGCGGUCGCCGGCGAGACCUUGCGUUUGAAGUGUCCGGUGGCCGGAUAUCCGAUCGAGGAGAUCAAGUGGGAGAGGGCGAACCGCGAGUUACCGGACGACCUGCGCCAGAAGGUGCUGGCGGACGGCACCCUGGUGAUCAGCAGCGUGCAGAAGAAGGGCGACGCCGGCGUGUACACCUGCUGGGCGAGGAACAAGCAGGGCCACAGCGCCAGGCGGUCCGGCGACGUCGCCGUGAUCGUACCCCCUAUUAUUGAGCCAUUUACGUUCCAAGAGGGACUAUCCGAGGGGAUGCGGACGCGGACGGUGUGCGGGGUCGCGGCGGGAGACCCACCCCUAACCAUAUCCUGGCUGAAAGACGGCCAAAGUCCCUUUCCCUUGCCGCCGAAUCUCGCCUCCGUCGCAAACGUCUCCCAACUGGAUCCCUACUCGAGCCUCCUCAGUAUAACGAACCUCGCGGCCGAGCACUCCGGCGACUAUACCUGCGUCGCCGCGAACCCCGCCGCCGAGGUCAGGUACACGGCCAAGCUACAGGUAAAAGUGCCGCCCAGGUGGAUCGUCGAGCCGACCGACGUGAGCGUCGAGAGGAACCGCCACGUCGCGCUGCACUGCCAGGCGCAGGGCGUCCCGACGCCAACGAUAGUGUGGAAAAAGGCCACCGGAAGCAAAGCCGGUGAUUACGAGGAGUUGCGCGAGAGGACGUACACGAAAAUCCUCAGCAACGGCACGCUGCUGCUGCAACACGUGAAGGAGGACAGGGAGGGUUUCUACCUGUGCCAUGCGAGCAACGGCAUAGGAAGCGGCCUGGGCAAGGUCGUGCAAUUAAAAGUCAAUUCGUCUCCGUAUUUCGCGGCGCCGUCGCGGCUUGUAACCGUAAAGAAGGGGGACACGGCGACGUUACACUGCGAGGUGCACGGCGAUAAGCCGGUUACCGUCACCUGGCUGAAAGGCGGCAAAACCGAGCUGAAUCCCUCGACGAAUUACCGCGUCACAGUGAAGCAGGAGGUGACGCCGGACGGUGUGAUCGCGCAAUUGCAAAUCUCAUCGGCUGAGGCCGCUGACAACGGCGCUUACUUCUGCCAAGCGAGCAACGUUUACGGCCGCGAUCAGCAGCUGGUGCAACUCCUCGUGCAAGAGCCGCCACAACCGCCGAAUGCCCUAGAAACUGCCAUGGUGGCGAGUCGAAGCAUUAACGUUAAGUGGCAGCAUAAGGCACAGGACACCAGCGAGGUCACCAAAUAUAUCCUCCAAUACAAAGAGGGCGAAGGUGGGAUGUGGCAGCAGCAAGAAUUUACGGGGCCGCCCUUGCCGUACGCGGCGUUAAUUGACGACCUGAAACCCGCGACGAGGUAUACUAUACGCGUGAUAGCGGAAGGACCGGCUGGUCGGUCAGUCCCCUCGGCGGAGCUCGUCGUCAGGACCGAACCGCAGAGACCGGCUGGUCCGCCGAUGAAUCUCGCAGCCAGGGCGCUCUCCUCGUCCGAGAUCCUCGUCACUUGGUCACCGCCGUUGCCGGAACUCCGUCACGGUGACAUACAGGGCUUCAACGUCGGCUACAGAGAAACGAGCCUGAAUAAUCCGUCGUACAACUUUAGCUCCGUGUCGGGCGACGGAGAGGAGGGCGGCGGCGAGCUUCGACUAACAGGUCUCAGGCCUUACACCAGGUACACCUUGGUCGUUCAAGCGUACAAUCAAGUCGGGCCAGGACCUCUGUGCGAGCCAUUACUCACACAGACCUUGGAAGACGUGCCCAGCGUGCCGCCGGACGACGUGAGGUGCGCGGCGCUCACCUCUCAGUCCCUGCAAGUGUCCUGGCAGCCGCCGCCCAACACGCACAGCAACGGCAUCGUUCAGGGCUACAAACUGAAUUAUGAGCCGAUCUUGGCAGACGCGUGGCGGGGAGUGGACGAGAUGGAGGUACGCAAGACAAGUGCUCUGACGACCGUUUUAACCGGGCUCAGGCGGUACACUAAUUACACCAUUCAGGUGCUGGCUUACACCAGAGUCGGAGACGGUGUGCCCUCCGCGACGAUUUACUGCCAAACGGAGGAAGACGUGCCGGGAAGUCCGGCCGAUAUUAAAGUCGUCGUGAGCUCGCCGCAGGCUCUCUUCAUCUCGUGGCUGCCGCCGCUCGAACCGAACGGGGUCAUCGUGAAAUACAACCUUUACACGAGAGUCAUGGACGGUCGGGAGGAGCUGAAUCACGGUAAGAAAUCAUUGCCGGCGACGAGCACGUAUUUCGAGGCGACCGACCUGCAGCAACACGUGGAGUACCAGUUCUGGGUGACCGGCAGCACUCGGGUGGGCGAGGGCCAGAGUUCGAAAGUAGCUGCGCAGGUGCCGACGAAUCGAGUGCCGGCGAGGAUCACGUCCUUCGGCGGACACGUGGUGCGCCCGUGGCGGGGCUCGGCGACGCUGGCGUGCAACGCGGUCGGCGAUCCGACGAGAGAAUGGUACAAAGGCACCACCGAGCCGAUACGCACGGAUUCGACCAGGAACGUGCAGAUCCUGCAAACCGGGGAACUCGUGCUGUCGAACCUGCAGUCGCAAGACAGCGGGAAUUACACCUGCCAGGUGGAGAACUCGCAGGGCAGCGACAAGCUACACUACACCCUGACGGUGCAAGUGCCGCCUAGCGCGCCGGUGUUGUACGUAACCAGCUCGACGUCGAGUAGCGUGUUAUUGCACUGGAAAUCCGAGCAUAACGGCGGUGCGCCGCUGACGGGCUACACGUUGUAUUAUCGAACUACUCACGGCACCCUCGAUGAGUUACAGUUAUCUCGCCACGCUACCAGCCACGAGCUCAAGGGCCUUCUGUGCGGCAACACGUAUCAGUUGUACCUGACGUCGCACAAUAAGAUCGGCAGCAGUCCGUCGUCGCCGGUGCUCUCCGUUCGGACUCAGGGCCAAGCCCCAGGAAUUCCGCCCGCGGCUGCCUUCCUCAGCCCGAAUUCCACCACAUUAGUGCUGCGACUGCACGUGUGGCCCGAUAACGGGUGCCCCAUCAAAUACUUCGUCAUUCAAUACAGGCCGGCGAACGAGUUUCAUUGGACUCUGGUGUCGAACAGCGCCAAAAUGCAACGGCGAUUCGUUGUGACGAAUUUGACACCCAGCUCGGUCUAUCAGCUCAAAGUCGAGGCUCACAACGUGGCCGGUAGCAAUCACGCGGAAUUCACGUUCGUGACGUUGACGAAAGAGGGUGAACUGCCGCCCCCAGGACUGUCGAAGCGCGGCAUAACGUCGGUUAUGCCGUUUUACUCGGACGUGAAAGUGAUCCUGCCGUUGAUCGUGGCCACCGUCGCGUUGGUCGCCGCGGCGGUGAUCGUCGCCUUUCGUUGGAGGAACAGAUACUUGGGGGAUCGAGUACAACGGCCGAUGAAGGAGUCGCAGGAGAACCAACAGAACGCCGAGACGCAGCGGGAGCGUUACUACGCCACGAUACACAAGGUGGCCCUGCAACAGACGGCCAAUACGGGCGGCGGGCCCGACAAGAUUCCAGGUGAACCUUUGUUACGAUACGGACAACCACCAGAGACAGCGGAGGACAUUUCGCCGUACGCUACGUUCCAGCUUUCGGAGGGUGGCGGGGGAAGCCUGGCAGGAUUGGGCGCAUUGGGAGGACUGGGAGGCGCGGCGGAGGCGUCGGCGGCCGGUCUGCAUCCGAACAACACUCUUCUGCACAGCUUCAUGUAUCACGAACACGCCAUGACCGAAGGAUGCGCGAGCCCUCCACCGGCGGCGACGAGCAUGAAGAGCGUCUCGUCGAGAAGGAGACAGCAGAGAAAGCAGCAAACCCCGGGCGAUGUCGAGAGCGACGAGAGCGAGUCUGACCCGGACCAACUGAUCAGCUCCCGCACGGAGUCGUCGAAUCAACUGGACGCUGGCAAAUUAAAACAUAUUCGCGCAGUCUCAGAUUUUAUCUAUCACGGCACGUCGAGCACCUCCUCGGACAUUUCUCCCAUGUCGGAGCAGAAGUCGCUGCCGCGAAGGGGGCGGUCCAGAUGGCAUGUUCCCAGCAGGAGCUCCCUACGCACGCUACUGCCGCCGAUCUCGGUCGCGGAGACCGCGUUCGUCGGCGGCAAUCAGGGAACUGUGGUGCCCACGCCUGGGAACGGCGAUCGGCCAGAGCUCAGCGAGGCCGAGUGCGACAUCGACUCCCUGAAGAAGCUGAAGCUGGGCCUGAGGAGCUCCCUGUGGUCGCGACCGAGUACCCAGAAUAAUCCCUCCUCGGAUUAUUCUAUCGCCGUUUAAUCUGUCCCACCCAUCCACCCCCAUUCCCAUCACCCUGGCUCUCCUGUCCACGCGAUAUCGUUCUCCCACGGUAUAUAGCUCUCAUCCCCCUGUUCUCCCCCUCGCAACCCCGCGGGCCAAAGAUUAGGUAAAAUUGAUCUUACCCUUCGUGUCUCGUCGAGAGGAUUCCCUCGUGGCCACGUAGGGCCACUCGACUGCCACGGCCGCGUCUCUGUCGGCGAUAGGUAAAUUUUGCGUUCUACUCGUUCACGACGAUCGAUAGGGAGAGACGUGAGUAGAUAAGAUCAAGGGGAGGAUCGAGACAACGGAGGUGGACGCGCUAACAAUGUAAGGACAACGUUGAGCCGAUAGAGGCAGAACCGACCGCUUGGGUCACAUCAGGUUAUCACCUUGCGAGAACUCUUCGGCUCUCACACGGAAAAACAAAUCUCAGUUUCCGCAACUGAAUGGGGACCAGAUGAUGACUCGGUGGCGAGAAAUGAUAUAUAUCUCUGUUAUCGCGUCUGAGAGCAUUCGUCUAAGAACAUUCGCAGAGAAAAAGAUCAGUCUUGAAUCAAAAAUAAAUAUUCUCAUAUAUAAGCAAAAAUAUGAU